AUGUCGGAAAAGGGCAUGGAUCCAGAGAUCCAGAAGGUACUGGAUUGUUUGUCGCAUUACUUUUAGGCUGUAAUAGAACUUAAGAAUAAAACGGCUCAAUCUAAUCAACAAAUAGGCUUUCUCAAUGCCCAGAUAAACGCACUCAAUACCCAAAUUCGCCGAUCUGAGUUGGUAACAGAACAGGUCAAGGAACUCCCAGAUGGAACGAACACGUACAGCUCUGUGGGGCGAAUGUAGGAAUUUAGUUUGUGUCUAACCCAUUUUUAGGUUUAUACAGAAGAGCGUCUCGGAAAUCAUCUCCGAGUUGACCGACCAGCGCAAGGAGUGCCAGCGUAAUGUUGAAUCGUUGCAGGUUUGUCUGUACUUUUCUAACAACCUGAACUGUAGGCUAAAUUGGACUACGUGAAUAAGGGUCUGCAGGAAUCCCAGCAAGGCCUUCGAGAUCUAAUAAGUCUUAAGCAACAGAAAAUGUAA